GGUUGUUUGGAAGAUCUACUGCCACGGCGAUUUCACAUCAAGCACCUGCAGACUAUCAUGGCUGCUGUGUUCAUGGGAGCUGUGAUCCUUUCUGGCCUUGUUUUCACAACUCAUGGCGGAAUCUACGUUUUCCAGUUAGUUGACUGGUACUUUGCGGCAGUGGCUUGCUACAUCAUUGCUGUUCUCGAGUGUGUGGCUGUUGGAUGGUGUUACGGUGUCAAGCGUUUCUCUGCUGAUGUUCAAAUGAUGAUUGGGAAACGCCUGCCUGUGAUCUACAGAGUAGCAUGUUUCAUCAUCGUCCCUGCUCUCUUGACUACAGCUUUGGUGUUGACGUUGGCUUCCUACACUCCUCCAAGUUACGGAGGCUACGAGUAUCCCCAGUCUGCCGUCAUCUUCGGCUGGUUCCUUGCUCUUGUGUCGGUUGUUCCUAUCCCAGUGACCAUGGUCAUACAAAUGCUCAAGAUGGAAGGAUCCCUGGUUCAGCGUUUUAAAGCUUCUGUGAUGCCCUCGCGUGCGUGGCUGAGAUUAAGACGGCAACAUGGACUGGAAGACGAACAAGAGUCCAUAUCUGUGAAGGAUAACUUCCUGUUUAUGAUCGGACGUUAGUCCCACACCAGUGCAUUGUGUUGUUUCAGUAUCUCCUGCUCUGUACCUGUGUAUGUGUUCCCAACUUGCUGACUAUUGGUAUGCGUAAUUCUUGGAAGGAAGUGGUGAAUGGAUGGGCAAUUGUCUUAAAACUUGUCAUGUGCUGAUUUCCGGCUAGAAGAUGUAAGCUGCACCAACGAACUUGGUCAUCCCAAUCAAUUGUUGUUUGUUUAAAAAUCUAAACUAAUUUGAGAUCAACGUCUCAAAAAUGCGCAAAGGAAAUAACUUUGUGAACGAAGCAAAGGAAAUGUAAAACGGUUACCUUUGAUUGGAUACAAAAUUUCAACAAUAAAAAUACUUUCUAAACACCCUCAAAAGUGAUAUUAGAUAUAAAUAUAUUUAUGUAAUCAUAUAAAUAAUCAACAGAUGAUAAUCGAUGGUUCAAAAUUGGUACACAUCAUUGUCAUUAACCCAGGUUCCAUAUGGCACACA